AAGCGGCCCCCACCCAGAGCUUCCCGAGGGAUCCUCCGCCUCCGGCUGCCUCAGACCGGCCCAGUUCCGCCCGGGCAAGGCUGGCGGCCGCCUCGGGCAUCCGUAGCGCGCAGAACUGCCCGCCUCUUCCUCCUCGGGAGAGGCUCCUGCCUCAGGCGCCAACAUCGCUUGGAGGUCUGGAACGCGCCUCGCCCGGUCGCCAUCCUCAGCAGUUUGGAGGACCCCACGUGAAGAAGGCUCUGCUUGCCUCCCAUCCUCCUCGUUGUAGUCAUGGCUCCCACACUGGCCACGGCUCACCGGCGGCGCUGGUGGAUGGCCUGCACGGCUGUGGUGGAAAACCUCUUCUUCUCGGCCGUCCUCCUGGGUUGGGGCUCCCUCCUCAUCAUGUUGAAGUCUGAGGGGUUCUAUUCCUACUUGUGCACCCUGCCAGAAAACUCCACCAGCUUGGCCCACGCCAGCCCUGCCAACUCCACCUCGGCCAAAGGGAAUUGGACGGUGGCAGCGACCGUGGAGCCGGUGGUGCGUAUGAACGGCUGGCUGAUCUGCAAGGAGCAGGAUGAGAUGCUGAACUUGGCGUUCACCGUUGGCUCCUUCCUGCUGAGCGCCAUCACCUUGCCCCUGGGCAUCGUCAUGGACAAGUAUGGUCCUCGCAAGCUGCGGCUCCUGGGCAGCGCCUGCUUUGCAGCGUCCUGUGUGAUGAUCGCCUACGGGGCCAGCAACCCGGACUCUCUGUCGGUGCUGAUCUUCAUCUCUCUGGCACUGAAUGGCUUUGGGGGGAUGUGCCUGACCUUUACUUCGCUCACGCUGCCCAACAUGUUUGGUGACCUUCGCUCCACCUUCAUUGCCCUCAUGAUCGGCUCUUACGCCUCGUCGGCUGUGACCUUCCCAGGGAUCAAGGUGAUCUAUGAUUUCGGCGUCUCUUUUAUCCUCAUCCUGGUGGUUUGGGCAUGCUGUGCAGGUCUUGUCUUCUUCAAUUGCUUCUUCAACUGGCCCCUUGAGCCGUUCCCGGGCCCAGAAGACAUGGACUACACGGUGAAGAUCAAAUUCAGCUGGCUGGGAUUUGACCACAAGAUCACCGGGAAGCAGUUCUACAAGCAGGUGACGACGGUCGGGCGACGGCUCAGCGUAGGCAGCUCCAUGAAGAACCCGAAGGAGGCGGCGGCGGAACUGCAGGACGGCAAGAAGCUCUGCCUCUCGACGGUUGACCUGGAAGUGAAGUGCGAGGCAGACAACGCAGCAUCUCCAUCUUUCAUGCACAGUGUCUUCAGCCCCAUCCUCCUCCUGAGCCUCAUCACCAUGUGCGUCACGCAGCUGAGGCUCAUCUUCUACAUGGGCGCCAUGAACAACAUCCUGGAGUUCCUGGUGGAUGGGGACCUAGAGACAGUGGGUCUUUACACCUCCAUCUUUGGAGUCCUGCAGCUGCUUUGCCUCCUGACAGCCCCGGUGAUCGGCUACAUCAUGGAUUGGAAGCUGAAGGACUGUGAUGAUGGCACAGAGGAGGCGGAUGACGGGAAUGCCAGCCAGGGCAGCAAGAAGAAGCCCCGUGACCGGCAGAUCCAGAAGGUUGAGAACGCGACCAGGGCGUUUGUUUUCACCAACUUGCUGCUGGUGGGAUUUGGGAUCACCUGCCUGAUUCCCAACUUGCCUUUACAAAUCCUUUCCUUCAUCUUGCACACGAUCGUGAGAGGGUUCAUCCAUUCUGCCAUGGGUGGGCUCUAUGCAGCUGUGUAUCCCUCCUCGCAGUUUGGCAGCUUAACGGGGCUGCAGUCUCUCGUCAGCGCCCUCUUUGCCCUCCUGCAGCAGCCCCUCUUCCUGGCCAUGAUGGGACCCCUGGAAGGAGACCCGCUUUGGGUCAACGUGGGGCUGCUGGGGGUAAGCAUGCUGGGCUUCUGCCUCCCCCUCUACCUGAUCGGCUACCGACGGAGGCUGAAGCGGGAGAAGCAGCAGAAGAGCGAGGAUGCCAAGCUCUUCCUGAAAAUCAAUGGCACACCCGGCCAGGAAGCCUUUGUCUAGGGAGACUCCUCCUUUGGACUGAUGGGGGCCCUUUUGGUGGUGGCAGCAGCGGCUCCCAUGGGUGGUGCGUCUCUGCCUUGGAGGCUUUGACCUGCCCCUCCUCCCCGCCCAGACCUGCAGCCACCACUGCCUCCAAAGAGCCAGAAGGGGGCUGCUGCCGCUGCUGCUUUUUACUGGCAAGGGCCUGGCUUUGGCUUUGAAAAAGCCACUCUCUGCCACAGAGCCACCGUGGGACGCUUCUUCCGCUUUCUCAGCUGGUUGUCGCACUUUCUCUUCACAAGACCGUGGUGCUGCGGAAUACAACCCGGGCCCUGACUGGUUCACAAAAGGGACAGAGAGCCUGCCUACCCUUUUCUUUCCCUCUUACUGUGACUGCAGGAGGCUCUCCUCCCUCUCUGAGGGUGGCUUUUGUCUGGGCCGGGCGCAGACUCUGCCCUUCCACCUUGCCCCAUCUUCUGCAAUUCCUUCUGCCGUCUGGUGAGAGUCUGCUCUCUGACUUGAGGGGAGCGCCGACAGCCCUAAAGUGACUCCGUGGACUAAUCUGUGCACCAGUUGUGAGCCGCCUCUUCCUCCUCUGGUCCUGCCUUGUGGGGCUCUCCCCUCAGCUCUGCCACUGCCCGGAAGGGAACUGGCCCAGGCUGGGUGUUGCACCUUCUCUCUCUCUCUCUCUCUCUCUCUCUCUCUCUGUCUCUGUCCCCCUCUCCCCCCUCCCCUUUGACUACUCUGUCUGGACUGAGGAGCAAUUCAGAAAGUCCUGGCGGAGUGUGGAAGCCUCAGCUUUCCAGGGGUGGGUUUUCCUAAUGGCUACUGCAGAGCCCACAACUGAGCCUCUUGGCCAGGAAAGGGAGCGAGAGAUGUGGCUUGAAGGCCCUGGAUCCAGCUGGCCUGGAUCAUGUUGUAGAUGGAUGGGGGGCAUGUGUCAAGGUCUGCCCGUCCCCCAGGAGGGCUGCUCUGUUGCAGGCAUUGAGCCAGCACUGGCAUGCAAGAGUCCUGCGGGGGAGGCUGGUGCCCUCUGCUCUGGGUGUGUCCGUCUGUCUGUCUGUGUGGUGUGUUCUCACUCUGUGUGUGGCGCAGCCGGUGCUCUGUAAAGCAAUAAAGACGCAGGUGCGUCCCUCGUGCUGUGUUGCAGAAGGGACAGGAAGAGGUGAA